AUGGUAGAGGAUGACCAGGCAGUUAUGUCCGAGGUGGUUUGCGGAACGACACGAGCGGGGAAGAAGACCCCCAUUUUUUGGGACUCCGACGGUGUUGACGGUGGUAAAUUCGAUUUUCGAGUGGUGCUAGAUUCGCUUUCAGACCCAUCCAACUACGCCAAGUGGCGCGGGAGUGACAGAACCCACGCCCAGAUGAAUGAGGCCCUGCUGAACCAGAUAGCGCACAGGUUGGAGGCAGCUGACAUCACGCAUCGUGAUAGUGCUGGUGCUUGCGAGAAGAUCAACACUCUUGAGAAGCAGUGCCGAUAG